AUGGACCCUUCGGCGUUGAUUCAGAUGGUCAACGUGCUGUCUCUCACGCUGGCUCAACUGGCUGGGUCACUGGUCCAGGCCUCGAAGGAUAUUGAUAGUUUGUUAGAGGAAGUCUGGACGGCGUACAACGACAGCAAGGCCAAGCCUGACGCGCUCACUCGAGCUGUCGUGACGUGUAUGUUCCAGCCAGUAUUCCUGCUGCGAGCUGAGCUGACUUCGACGAUGAAGCUCUGGCUGGCAGGGUUUAUCCGCUUUGGCUCGAGACACAGACCCAACGUGGUCUUCCACUUGGCGUGUCGCUUAUGUCAAACGUGGCGUGCACACCCAGUGUCGGCUCUGUCCUUUGUAGACGAGCUGGUGGAGCUGCUGCUGUAUAAGGAACCUUUGAUCGACGAGAAGGAGCAGCUGGCAACGGAUGCGGGUGCUCCAUUCCAAGGAUUCCAAGGCUAUUCUCCUCUCGAUGGCAACCAGACAGCAGCGGUCACGACCCACGCCAAGGACAGAUUUGUGCGGCUUGUCAUGUUGAGCUUCGUGGACGACGUCGCUGUCGACAAGAGCUCGUCCAGUAACGAUACGCAGCAGCUCUUUGAUGCUCUGACAGCUCGACUUCUGAAGCUCAAUGUGACGCCUGAGUGGCAGAAGCAACACAUGCUCAACAGCGAUGGGUUCGGCAAGAAACUGCGCUCCUGGCAGGCUCUCUGCAUCGUCAGUGCACACGUGACCAAGUCGCAGCUGACAGAGUUGCUUCCUACUCUAGCUACUGCAUUUGCUGUGCCUCAACUGCCCAGUGUUCGCUACUACAUGGAGCUGUUCGUAUCUGCUGGCCAAGGUGCUUCCUCGCCACAUCCACUACUUGAAACAAAGCUCUAA